UUUUUUGUAUCAAGUUAUAUUUCUUAAUGUUUACGGAAAAAUGUUCACGUGACCUCCGGACGAAGUAAACACAACAGAUGUCUCGGACGAAACACGUCAAAAACCCUCAAAAUAUCGAAAAUCUAGAUGAAUUUAAGACCCGUUUUUAUGCAGAUAAGGAAAUCAAGAAUAAAGCUAUGAGAUGAUUAAGGUUUAUUGGUGAUAAGGCGGAAAAUGAAGCCAGAGAAAGCAUCGGAAGACAUGGAAGACUGUGUUUGUGACCCGAUUGAUUUGUUUGUUGAUAUGGGAAUGUUGAUUACUGAAGGCAGGAUACCAGAUCUAUCUCCAAAGAGGAGAGUUGAAGGUCCACAUUGCCCUAGCCUUGAUGAGAGUCACAGAUGUGAUAGACAUAGAGAGCAGUGUCGAAAAGCAGACCAGCUCAGGAAACAAAUGCUGAUGAUGUGUAGAAACAAAAUUCCAAUGCGAGUGGAUGUUUUACUACUCCCAAAAUGUGAUCAUGGUCAGCUGGAAGCUUCAACAGUAGAGGGAGCCACUGUAUCUUGCCAAGAUACAGCAAUGUUGUUGGAAAGAUGGGAUGUACAGAUAAUCUCUAAAAGAAUGGAGAAGACCGAAUCUGGUUGUGUUACAGGAAGAUUUCUACUCCAGGCCAUCAGAUCUUAUCUACAUUUUUCACAGCUCAGUUCCUGGAUGAUUACCAGUAUAGGUUGUCUCCCUUUUGAAGUUAUUUACAGGUUGUAUGCCCCAGGAGAGACUGUGAAUUACAGCUUUAAAGUCAUUCCAGUUGUUCAUCAUUUUCCACAAUCAGACAUGACACAUGCCACAAUGAAAGUGUCUGUGGCAUCACUGCCACGCCCUCAGGAUAUGCCACACCUAACUUGUAUAGAAUGUGGUAAAGAUCGACAAAAGAAACAGGAGAAGUUUAUGAAAGGAAGAUCCUCACAUAGAACUUCAACAAACGAGCCUGCAUCUGAGAGACCUCACUCUUCAAAGUCUUUAGGAUUAGAUCAGUAUAGCUUAAAGUCAUUGGAGAGUCAUCACAGACGUAAAAAAUCUGACCAGUCAAAUCAAAGACGCACAAAAUCUGACCAAUCUGAUAACGGACAUACCAAAUCUGACCAAUCAGAUAGAAGUAAAAAAUCUGACCAAUCAGACAAAACUAAGAACAAAAAGUCUGACAAAUCAGAGGAUAAUUUGUAUCUGCCAUCACGACCUAAAUCUCCUAAAGUAUCUGAUGACGAUGAUGGAAGUACAGAAUCAAUGCCAAGGCUAAAUUUAGGUCAGCAAUCAAGUGUAGGACAAGUUGUACCCGAUCAAAAAUUGUUUUAUCACAAACCUCCGUCUGGAAGAAAAUUGAAAACAAAUGAAGAGGAUAGAAGUUGUAACACCUCAGUUGCCAUGGGAACAGAUCUCAAGAAAGAGUCAAACAUUUCUAUGCAAACAGUCUGCCCCGGUGCUAGUAGUAACCAAUCCCAGGGUGCUUCACAUUUUUGUUAUGCAAAAAAACUUUUGAAGGAGAGUCUCAAGGACAAACCACUUUCAUUUAAAGAAGAUACACAUUCCAAACAUUUUACUGAUCCAGAUACACUGAUUAAACGUCUUCCUAGCCCUAAAGUCUUGUUCACAACUAAUUCUAAAAGUCUGAAUACAACUUAUAAAAAACGUAAGAUUGACCUCAGUGACCUUGCAGAGAAUGUGGAAGAUAAGAUUAUGUAUUCUGAUUUGUCAGAUCUUAUGAAACCACUUCAUUCAGAGGAAUUAGAGUCCUACCUCGCUAGUCUUUCUCACCGUGUACCUGAGAAGGUCAUCCAUGACAGUAUUGGUUCAAUACCUCUAACCAAAUGUAAAUUCUUCAUAGGUGAACAUUUAAAUGACAUUGAGGUUAGUGAUGGGAAUACAAGUUGUGAUAAAAUUGAUAAUCAAAGGGAUGUUACUCUAGUUGAAAAACUGAUUCCUGUUACAGACAUUGAAGACGGGAUGAUAUCUGAAAAGGAGAUAAAUCGUGAUAGUGGAGGAAAUACAAAUGUAAAUUCUACAACAUUCCACAAAAAACAGGAAACUCAAAAGAUCAGGCAGAUAUUAGAUAAUGAAAGUAUAAAGUUACCGGUACAAAAAUCUAGUCGAGAUAUUACAGACAAAUGUGAUACACCUCAGUCAGAAUCUCGUAGUCGAGAAACUGUGACCAAAUGUUUAUUUAAAAGUCUUUCUGAACCUGGACCAGAUUUUGAAAAACUAUCUCUAUCUCUUGUUAGUGAUGGACACCAUGGUAGUAGAUCACAUGAUGGUCACCAUGGUUGCAGAUCACAUGACGGGUCUCCGAAUGGCUUGUCAUUCACAGACGAUGAAUCAAGUGAUAAUUCUACUCCAACCAAUAGUCUUUCAGAAUGUAAUGCCAAUCAUUUUACAAAUGAAAAACAAUUUACCCAUAAUGCAUUGCCAUCAAUGAAUGAUGUGAAACCUACCUCAAAUAGAGACGGAGACUUAAAUGAUUCAUUAGAAGAGGAAAUAGCCAAGCUACAUCUUUCUGAUAAUAAAUGUGUAGGGAUGGUACAGAAUAGCUCUGGAACAUUAGAAAAGAAGAAAGAAGAUAAAUUAGCGCUAGGGAAGUCAUUGUGUAAACAUUUAAUGACCAAGGAACUCAACAAAAUGGGACGACCUGAAGAUAUUUCUAUGCCAAACCAAGAAGAAAUCAUGAUAUUCCAGAAAAAUCUGGGGAAGAGUUCCAGUAUGAUGUUCAGCACAGCAACAGGGCUUCCAACAAGGUCUAGUCCGGCACCAACAAAGAGAAAGUCAUCAGGUGGCAGAUUUGAUUACGACAAUACUCUUAUCAGUACCAAAGCUAUCAAAAAUGCUUUAUCCUGCUCAAAAUUAGCACUACAGUCUGAGAGCUCGACUGACCGUGAAGAAUCUCAGAAAGUUCUUAGUACAAGUGCACCGGCUUCAACCAAUUGCCUUCUGGGAAAUUUCGAGGAAUCUGUGUUGAAUGGAAGAAUAGAACCAAUAGGAGUGGUUGAAGGAUUUACCGCAGAGAUCGGUGCUGGUGGAAGCUUCUGUCCAAAACAUAUCACACUGCCAGUUACAGCAUACUUCUUCCAGUUGUCUGACGACAAUGCUCCCUCACCAUAUUUAGGUCACAUUAACCUAGAAUCCCUUGGAAAGAAAGGCUAUAAGAUACCAACCUGUGGAACGGUACAAGUUACUUUGUUCAAUCCAAACAAGACGGUCGUUAAGAUGUUUGUUGUUAUGUAUGAUAUGAGUGACAUGCCAGCUAACUGUCAAACGUUUCUGAGACAAAGGACAGUCUACAUGCCUGCAGACACAAACAGUACAGAACCAACUUUUCUACGUUAUCUUAUACAUCUCAGAUUUGCCAGCAGUAGAUCUGGAAAGAUUUAUCUCCACACAGAUAUUAGGCUCAUCUUUGCCAGAGACAAAUUUGAAUUUGAUCCCAGGGUCGCAAACUACGAACUUCGAUCUUUUACAGAAGGACCACAAAACCCAAAGUUCUCUCCAAAAAGAUGAUGAAGAUCUAUUUUUAGUUUUCCUAGAAUUUUUGUUGAAUGGUUGUCAAACUUACAGGAAUGACUGAGUGAAUAUUUGUUGAUUUUAUUGAGUUUUAAUUAUAUUUAUUUAUUUUAUGAGAAUGAUAAAGUUAUUGUCAGAAAUAUUUAUUAUAUGUAUAUGUAUUCUUUUUAUAUUGAUCUAUAGAGGUCAAGGUUAAGUAAUAAAGGUCAAGGACAUUGUCACAAGAAGUCAUUCAUGAGGGUGUAUCUAAUUUUCUAACACUUGAUUAUUAAACGUUUUGUAAAAAUAUUGUAACUAUAUUUUCACCCAAAAAAAUAAACGAAUGAAAAUGUUUGUAUCUUAAAAGAAAAGUAUAAAUCUACAUACAGAAAAUUUAUAAAUUUACUCUCUUUGGAAAGUAAAUACCAUUGGACAAUCUUUUUGUUGAAAUGGAGGAUUUGGUUUGUGUACACCAAAUAAGAUAAACAGUAACUGAACUAAAUAUCAAAUUAAGGUUUUGAUCGGUAAUUUUUGUUGAAAGACUUUGAUAUUUGUUAUAGAUGUAACCUAACAAGGCUUUCUUAGGUAAAAGGUUAAAGAUGUGAUAAGUAGUUAUUAUGUAGAGUGUGGCGGUCUCUAAACCAUGACAAGAUUUUAUAUACUGGUUGUUGGUAAUUGAUGUUAAAACUCUCUGAUAGGAAUGUGAACUCCAUAUUUCAGAACUGAUAAAGAAGGUUGCAGUAAAUUGUUUGACUCAAUAAAAAAGUCUUUUCGAUUAAACACAAGCCCAGGCCUUAUAGUCCGUGAAAAUGUUCAUGAAAAGAGGCCUCCCAAUAUAAAAUUUUCAGGAUAUGAGGCCUCCCAAUAUAAAAUUUUCAUUAAAAGAGGCCUCCCAAUAUAAAAUUGUCAUGAAGAGAGGCCUCCUAAUAUAAAAUUGUCAUGAAGAGAGGCCUCCCAAUAUAAAAUUGUCAUGAAGAGAGGCCUCCCAAUAUAAAAUUGUCAUGAAAAGAGGCCUCCCAAUAGAAAAUUUUCAUGAGUAGAGGCCUCCCAAUAUAAAAUUUUCAUGAGUAGAGGCCUCCCAAUAUAAAAUUUUCAUGAGUAGAGGCCUCCCAAUAUAAAAUUUUCAUUAAAAGAGGCCUCCCAAUAUAAAAUUGUCAUGAAGAGAGGCCUCCCAAUAUAAAAUUGUCAUGAAGAGAGGCCUCCCAAUAUAAAAUUGUCAUGAAGAGAGGCCUCCCAAUAUAAAAUUUUCAUGAAUAGAGGCCUCCCAAUAUAAAAUUGUCAUGAGGAGAGGCCUCCCAAUAUAAAAUUUUCAUUAAAAUAUAAAAUUUUCAUGAAAAGAGGCCUCCCAAUAUAAAAUUUUCAUGAAUAGAGGCCUCCCAAUAUAAAAUUGUCAUGAAGAGAGGCCUCCCAAUAUAAAAUUGUCAUGAAGAGAGGCCUCCCAAUAUAAAAUUUUCAUGAAUAGAGGCCUCCCAAUAUAAAAUUGUCAUGAGGAGAGGCCUCCCAAUAUAAAAUUUUCAUUAAAAUAUAAAAUGUUCAUGAAAAGAGGCCUCCCAAUAUAAAAUUUUCAUGAAUAGAGGCCUCCCAAUAUAAAAUUUUCAUUAAAAGAGGCCUCCCAAUAUAAAAUUUUCAUGAAAAGAGGCCUCCCAAAAUAUAAUUUUGGAGAUGUGGUAUGAUUGCCAUUGUGUCAACUAUCCACUAAAGUUCAAAGGAAGUGGAUGUAAGCAAUUAUAGACAACCGUACAAUGAGAAAAACCCAUACUGUAUAAUUGGCUAUAAAAGCCAUUCAAAAUUAAAGACAUUUUAUGAAAGAUUAAGUUUUGGGCUUGUAACAUGUGUGAGUCAAAAAAAAAUUUGCCAAGACUUUAUAAAAAGAUAAAGUUAUUUAUGAUGUGAUUGUGAUGGAUAAUGACCUUGACCUUUAACUUGACAUUAUAUUUUAUUUUCUGAUAAAUAGUAUGGGAAAUAUGUUUAAGAUGCUUGUUACUAUGGUGAUUGUUAAUGAAUACUUGUUAAGUUAUUAGUGUGUUUUAUUUUUGUCGACUGCUCAGAGUUAUCUUCCUUGAAUUGUGAAUGAGUUUUUAUGUUCAGGAGAAGUGCAUUGAUUUUCCAUACCUGAAGAAUAGAUUAUGAUAGAUAUUGAUUAUGGGAGUGUGAUUGUAUAAGCAUCUAGAUAUCUUGUUCCAGGAAAAUUGUAGGACUUGAUUCUAGUGAUGCUCCAUUAAAUUUAAUUUAUUUUACUGUUGAAAGUAAAAUUUUCUUAUGAUUCAUGAUUUUAGUAGUAUUUGACAGGUGGAACAAUGCUAAGCAUAUAAAACAUAUUCCAUUGGUUGGGUUCUAUUCAGUGAUUUAAACUGAUUUUUAUGCCCCCGCCGUACCGGAGGGGGCAUUAAGUUUUACCCUUGUCCGUCUGUACGUACGUACGUCCCGAAAUUGGUUUCCGUUCUCUAACUUGAGUUUGCCUCAACCAAAUGUUAUGAAACUUAUACACAAUGCUUAUUACCACAAAACACAGAUCAAGUUUGAAUUUUGGUGGCGUCACUUUAACCGAUCUAGAGUUAUGCCCCUUUAUAAAAGGAAAUAUUGCAAAAUUUUUAGUUUCCGUUCUCUAACUUAAGUUUGCCUCAACCAAAUGUUAUGAAACUUAUACACAAUGCUUAUUACCACAAAACACAGAUCAAGUUUGAAUUUUGGUGGUGUCACUUUAACCGAUCUAGAGUUAUGCCCCUUUAUAAAAGGAAAAAUUGCAAAAUUUUUAUUUUCUUCUAAAUAUCAAGUUUAUAUAAUAUAUUUUUAAAAUUGGAGUUAUCUUCCUUUGACCAUGAUUAUAGUUGAAUCAACUACAAUCAAUGCUUUAUACAAUGCAAUGUUUAAUUUUGACUACCACUGAUAAAACACAGAUCAAGUUGAAUUUGGGUAGUGUCACUUUAACCAUUAUUGAGUUAUGCCCCUUUAUAAAUAGAAAGAUUGCAAAAUUUUUUAGUUUCCAUUCUGUAACUGAAGUUUUCCCCAGCCAAACAUUGUGAAACCUAUACACAAUAUUCAUACCAACAAAACUCAGUAAAGAUCAAGUACAUUUUUUUUGUUUCAGUUCUCUAACUUGAGUUUGCCUCAACCAAAUGUUAUGAAACUUAUACACAAUGCUAAUUACUACAUAAUACAGAUUAAGUACGAAAUUAGGUGGCAACACUUUUACCAUUCUAGAGUUAUGUCCCAUUAUAAACAUAAAAAUUGCUAAAUUUUUUAGUUUGUCUCAACCAAAUGUUGUAAAACUUAUACACAACCGUUCUAGAGUUAUGCGUCAUUAAAAAUAGAAAAAUUGCUGAAUUUUUAGUUUCUGUUCUCUACUUAAGUUAGCCUCAACCAAAUGUUAUGAGACUUACACACAAUGCUUAUUACCACAAAACUCAGAUCAAGUUCAAAUUUGGGUAGUGUCACUUUUACCGUUCUUUAUAUGUCCCUUUAUAACUAUAUGAUAUGCAAGCGGGGGCAUCAUCUGUGUCCACAUGUGGACACUAUCCACAUUUAUUUUUGUUAUAUUUUAUGCUGUCUUCUAUUCUACUAAAGCAUCUUUUAAAACAUUUGAUAUAAAAUUGCUUAAAAUAAUGUCAGUGGAUAGGAUGAAGGAGUAAAAAAGAAAAUUAUUCAAAAAAACUUUUGAAAGUGUUAAUAAUUAUGGAUAACCCCUUUAAAAAGUGAAGGACAAGUCUUAUAGAAAGACAUUUUUGGAAGCACAUUUUACGAUUUAAGAAAGAUAACUCUUGUUUUGCUUUUUAAGGUGUGUAGUUAUAAUAUACCAUAUAUACAAAUAAAUGAUAUAAAGAAAACUUGA